AAACUAAACCCUACUUCUCUUCCAUUUGCGUGAUUCCGUCUCUCUCCUCCCCAUUUCCCGCUCAAUCGUCUCGACAAGAAUCACAGAUGAGAACUUCUCUGCAAUAAUCAAAACUCAAGACCUCUCUUCUCUACAGCAGCUCUUAAGCCUCUCUUUUGAGGCGGUGACAAUCCUUUCGUAGCUCCAUUUCUCUUGCGAGCUCAAACAGACGUUUCAGUUUCAGUUCCUAAAAGAAAGGAGAAUAAAGGAAUUAUAGCAGGCAUUUUUGGGGUUUUGAGGGAAUCUUUUCUUUUCUACACUGUUGUCGGUUUCGUUCAGAGUGAAUGGAACAUAGAAGACGAAGACGAAGAGGAAGCGGGAUACUUAGAACGACUGUAUUUUUAGUUUUUGCGAACUUGUCUUCUUAAUGCCCUUGGGAUCGGUUUUUUAGCUUAUAUGGCACCAGAUUCUGGAGAUUACAAUAGAUUCUCUUUCACCAGACUCUUCUUGGUGGAAUAGGUAUUUUACAAGGACUCCAUGGCCUCAAAAGGUCCUCGGUACAAGGUUGAUCAUGAGACAAGAACUAGGCGCCAAAAGGCGCUUGAAGCUCCUAGAGAACCACAUCGCCGCAAAACACAUUGGGAUCAUGUUUUGGAGGAGAUGGUUUGGUUGUCAAAGGAUUUUGAGUCAGAGAGAAAAUGGAAAUUGUCUCAGGCAAAGAAGGUAGCAAUUAGAGCUAGCAAAAACACACUGGACCAGGCAACGAGAGGUGAAAAGAAAGUGAAGGAAGAAGAGCAGCGAUUAAGAAAGGUUGCACUCAAUAUUUCUAAGGAUGUGAAGAAAUUUUGGAUGAAGAUAGAGAAGCUGGUGCUUUACAAGCAUCAGCUGGAGCUUGAGGAAAAAAAGAAAAAAGCACUUGAUAAGCAACUAGAUUUUUUAAUAGGCCAGACUGAAAGGUACUCAACAAUGCUUGCAGAAAAUCUUGUCGACUUGCCAUUUCCUCGUAAAACAGAGCAACCAGGUUCUACCAUGGAAAGUAAUCAAGAUAAGGAAGUGGAUGAAACUAAGAUGGAAACAACUAAACACCCCGAACCUCAAUCGGAUAAUGUGGAUGUUGAUGGUGAUUAUGAUAUACAAUCCGAAGAUGAGUUGGAAGAUGACGAGCAUACCAUUAUGGAAGAUGAGGCUCUUAUUACUGAGGAAGAGAGGCGAGAGGAACUGGCAGCAUUGCAAGAUGAAAUAGAUCUACCCAUUGAGGAGCUACUCAAACGUUACAAUACGGGCGAAGGUGAGGAAUACUCUCCUCCAAUUGGCAGCAAGGUUGGCACAGGGAGCUCUCUCGCUACCACUGGAGAUCAUUUUCAGGAUGAAAGUAAUGGUGAAGUUUCCAUUCUGAAAAACCAAGCAUUGGGAAAUGAGACAGAUGAAAAUAUUCAGCCAAAAGAUCAUAGGAAAUCAAAGAAUGAACAUUUGGUAUCUUAUUCUACUGAGGAGCAGGAUGAUGGGGAUUAUGUUCUUGCUUCUGGUGGAGAGGAAAAGGAUGAUGAGGCUACCUUAUCUGAGGAGGAGGAACUGGCAAAAGCAGAAGCAAGUGAACCUUUAAAUGAGAUUGAAUUACUUAAAAAGGAGAGUGAAUUGCCUGUUGAAGAAUUGCUUGCAAGGUAUAAAAAGGAUUUUGACACCGAUGAGGAUGUAGAGGAUGAAUCUCCAUAUUACUCCUGCAGUUCAGACGAUCUGGCAGAUUCUCUUUCCCCUCAAGAGUCUGAACUGAAGAGACAGGAUGUUUCUAUGGAUGAAGAUGCAAAUGAACAGGACGGACCUGGUGAAGUCAAUGAAGUUUUGGAUCCUGUUGCAAACGAAUCAGAUAUGGGGCAUCAAGAGAAAAACGAAGAAGAAAGAGAAAAUGAGAAUAGAAUUGCUGAUGCGGCAGCUGCAGCAAGAUCAGCACAGCCAACAGGCAACACUUUUUCAACAACUACUGUGCGUACAAAGUUCCCUUUCCUUCUUAAGUUUCCCCUUCGUGAAUAUCAACAUAUUGGCCUGGAUUGGCUCGUCACAAUGUAUGAAAAGAGACUUAAUGGUAUUCUAGCUGAUGAGAUGGGCCUUGGGAAGACAAUCAUGACAAUUGCUCUUCUUGCACACCUGGCAUGUGAAAAGGGAAUUUGGGGUCCCCAUCUCAUAGUUGUCCCAACAAGUGUCAUGCUCAAUUGGGAAACUGAGUUUCUCAAAUGGUGCCCUGCUUUUAAAAUUUUGACUUACUUUGGAAGUGCAAAAGAACGCAAAGUCAAGAGGCAAGGUUGGUUGAAGCCAAACUCCUUCCAUGUUUGCAUCACAACUUACAGACUUGUUAUACAGGAUUCAAAAGUUUUCAAGCGUAAGAAAUGGAAAUACUUAAUUUUGGAUGAAGCACAUCUGAUAAAAAAUUGGAAGUCCCAGAGAUGGCAAACCCUUCUAAACUUUAAUUCAAAACGGCGUAUUUUGUUGACUGGGACACCUCUACAGAAUGACCUCAUGGAGCUCUGGUCUCUUAUGCAUUUCUUGAUGCCUCACAUAUUUCAGUCUCAUCAGGAGUUCAAGGAUUGGUUUGGUAAUCCAAUUUCUGGAAUGGUAGAGGGACAAGAAAAAAUAAACAAAGAAGUUAUUGACCGCUUACAUAAUGUUCUUCGUCCAUUCAUACUCAGACGGUUGAAGAGGGAUGUGGAGAAGCAGCUCCCAAAGAAAUUUGAGCAUGUGAUAUACUGUAGACUCUCGAGGAGGCAGAGGAACUUGUAUGAGGAUUUCAUUGCCAGCUCAGAGACCCAAGCAACACUGGCUAAUGCCAAUUUCUUUGGGAUGAUUAGUGUUAUAAUGCAACUCCGAAAGGUGUGUAAUCAUCCAGAUCUAUUUGAGGGUCGUCCUAUCAUAAGUUCUUUUGACAUGGUAGGCAUUGACCAGCAGUUGAGUUCUUCUAUUUGUACAAUUUUUUCUUCUGGUCCAUUCUCUGCUGUAGACCUGAGGGGUUUGGGGUUUCUGUUUACCCAUCUGAAUUUCAGCAUGACAUCAUGGGAGAAAGAUGAAGUUGAAGCUAUUGCCACCCCCUCAAGUUCAAUCAUGGAGCGUGCUGGCUCGAUGAAGAUGGAAGAAAUUGGUUCGCGAUCCAGGUUUCAUGAUAACAAAAGAAAAUCCCAGGGAAUUAAUAUUUUUGAGGAGAUUCAGAAGGCUUUGUUUGAGGAAAGGGUGAAAGAAGUGAAAGAAAGGGCUGCAUCGAUUGCAUGGUGGAAUUCCUUACAAUGCAGGAAGAAGCCCAUGUAUGGAACAAAUCUAAGGGAACUCGUUAUGGUGAAGCAUCCAGUGUUUGAUAUUGAUGAUCAAAAGAAUAACCCCAAAUGCUACUUGAGCUUUUCUUCAAAGCUUGCUGAUAUCAUUUUGUCACCUGUGGAACACUUUCAGAAGUUGAUGGACCUGGUUGAAUCUUUCAUGUUUGCAAUCCCGGCAGCUCGGGCUCCCUCACCUGUGUGCUGGUGCAGUAAAACUGGGGGGCUCCCUGUCUUUUUGCAUUCAGCUUAUAAGGAACAAUGUACAGAAAUCCUAUCACCCCGUCUCUCACCCAUUCGACCUGCUAUUGUCCGGCAACAAGUUUAUUUUCCGGACAGGCGACUCAUACAAUUUGACUGUGGGAAGUUGCAAGAGCUUGCAGUCCUGCUUAGGCGGUUGAGAUCAGAAGGGCACCGAGCAUUGAUAUUCACCCAGAUGACAAAGAUGCUUGAUCUCCUGGAGGCUUUCAUAAAUUUAUAUGGAUACACUUACAUGCGUUUAGAUGGAUCCACUCAGCCCGAAGAGAGGCAAACGUUGAUGCAGAGAUUUAACACAAAUCCAAAAAUAUUUCUUUUCAUUCUGUCAACCCGUAGUGGAGGUGUUGGAAUUAACUUAGUUGGGGCAGAUACAGUCAUCUUCUAUGACAGCGAUUGGAAUCCUGCUAUGGAUCAACAGGCCCAAGAUCGAUGCCACAGGAUUGGGCAGACACGUGAAGUGCAUAUAUAUCGUCUUAUCAGUGAGAGCACCAUUGAGGAGAAUAUAUUAAAGAAAGCAAAUCAGAAACGUGCACUUGAUGAUUUGGUUAUACAAAGUGGGGGCUACAACACCGAAUUUUUCAAGAAACUUGACCCAAUGGAAUUAUUUUCAGGACAUAGAGCUCUUCCAGACAAGAACAUGCAGAAAGAUAAAAGUUCCAAUAAUGGAAUGGAGGAAAUUUUUUCCAAUCUAGAUGUUGAAGCUGCUUUGAAAUAUGCAGAAGAUGAAGCAGAUUACAUGGCAUUAAAGAAAGUAGAACAGGAAGAGGCUGUGGACAACCAGGAGUUCACAGAGGAGACCAUGGGGAGAUUGGAAGAUGAUGAGUUUGUAAAUGAGGAUGACAUGAAGCCUGAUGAGAAGAUUGCUGGAGAUGCAAAUACAGAUGGUGGGGCCUCCUUGAGUAGGUGUAAUCCAAAUGAAGAGAAAUCUCUCAUUUUGUCUGUUAGAGAAGAGGAUGUUGACAUGCUAGCUGACGUCAAGAAGUUGGCAGCAGCAGCGGCAGCUGCAGGACAGGCUAGCUCAUCUUUUGAGAAUCAGCUCCGCCCAAUUGAUCAAUAUGCGAUGCGUUUUCUGGACCUGUGGGACCCAAUAAUAGAUAAGGCUGCUAUAGAAUCUCAAGUUAUGUUUGAGGAGAUGGAAUGGGAGCUGGAGCGAAUUGAGAAGUUCAAAGAAGAUAUGGAAGCUGAGAAUGAUGAUGAUGAGGAGCCUCUCUUAUAUGAAAGAUGGGAUGCGGAUUUUGCAACUGAGGCCUACCGGCAGCAAGUUGAGGCCUUGGCUCAGCGUCAGUUGAUGGAAGAAUUGGAGGAAGCUAAAGAGACCCAGGAUGCCGAGGACGAAAAUUGUGAAUAUGUGAACAGGAAUGACCUAUCUGAGCCUAAACCCAACUCAAAAAAGAAAACGAAGAAAAAGUUCAAGUCUCUGAAGAGAGGAGCUCUAGCAUCAGAAUCAGAAGCAUUGCAUGAAGAACCUCCAGUAGAACCCAUGAUCAUUGGUGACGAGGUUAACCUUUCUGGGAUGCUUACCUCUUCGGAAGCAGGGCCACCACAUAUACCUGUUCAGAAAAAACGUAAGAAGGUGCCAGAGGCAGAAGAAGAAAAACUUACAAAGAAAAACUCUAAGAAACUUAAGACGGCUUCUCUUGGAUUCAAUCCUGUGGUUGAUUCCAGUGCAUUGCAUAAGCAGCAUGAUGAAGCUAAAGAGUCAAAAGCAAGUGAUGGUGUGGUUGGUGAUCCUGAUCUUAAGUCAGCAAGCAGGAGCAAGACAGGAGGAAAAAUCUCAAUUUCUGCCAUGCCAGUGAAGCGUGUGAUGGUGAUCAAACCAGAAAAGCUGAAGAAAAAGGGAAAUAUUUGGUCAAGAGAUUGCUUUCCUUCACCAGAUUCUUGGUCACCACAGGAAGAUGCAAUAUUGUGUGCCAUUGUGCAUGAGUAUAGUACACACUGGAGCUUAGCCAGUGAUGCACUAUAUGGGAUGACUACUGGUGGGUUUUAUAGGGGGAGGUUCCGGCAUCCUAUACAUUGUUGUGAGAGGUUCAGAGAACUUUUUCAGAGAUAUGUUUUGUCGCCAACAGAGAAUCCGAAUGGUGAGAAGGUUGGCAGUGUUGGCUCUGGGAAGGCCCUUCUCAAAGUAACAGAGGAUAAUGUCCGUAUGCUAUUAGAUGUGGCCAGUGAGAUGGCGGAUAAUGAAUUAAUCCUUCAAAAGCAUUUUACAGCUGUGCUUUCAUCUGUCUGGCGAGCAAGAAUCCGCUCUGACCGCAGGCAAAGCUUGUCAUCAUUUUCCAGGAAUGGCCUUUAUUUUGGUGGUAAGUUUUUGACAUCUGCCACCAAUCAGAUUACCGGGAUAUCCACAAGGGAACCCCUAGAAAAGAUGAACCUGGCAAUUUUGGGGCCAAGCAGUAAGUUAGUCGCAGCUGCCCUCCAAGAUGCUGAUAUGAAAGAACAGGAAGACACAAUCUUACCAUCUGAACAGGGCAAAGGGGCUUCAGCCAUGACCGAGCAGUUAGAAAUAACUCUGGAGUUCCAGAAUAACACUGGGGAUCCUGAGUUACCUUUACCUUCAGUCACUACUCUCUUUGUAUGUCGAGCAGAUCCGGCACCUUUAGCAGAUGAGCAAGCAGAAGGGAGCUUGCUUGCAGCAUCUUCUUGCAACAUUGCUGAGCACCGGUACAGGUUAGCAUCAAAAUCUUGCUUUGAGGGUGAAGGCCAAGGUUGGGCUUCAUCAGCUUUUCCAACUAGUGAUCUUAGAUCUCGAUCAUCUUCAAAACCACAAUCUUUGGGAAAACACAAGGCUCCGUUCUCUGACUUGAUCAAGCCUCCAAAAUCCAAGCUUCAAAGAACUACAGUGGAGCCUGCUGAUGAGGAUCAGCACCUAAUCAGUAGACCAGCACUUUCAUCACCUCAAUUUGUGGUUUCGCCUUGUCCUUUUAGAAGUUCUGAUCUGCCAACCCACACCACUGAGUCUGUUGGGAACAAUGAUGACGGUGACUUGAAUUCCAGUAUGGAUGAUAACAUAUUUGCGGAUGCAGAGAUUUUUGAUGGUGUCCCCCAUUUAUACGACCCAGGCUUCGCCUCGGGCCUUGAUGAUUGCAUACCGUCGUGGGAAAUUUUGGACAUCGGUUAGUCUGAAACGUGAAAUUGACUUGACCUGUCACACAACUUGCUACUAGCACCUGAUUUGUCCCUAGCUGCAGAUUCUUUUGGAGGCAGAUAUCACGGUGAGCAUGGCAUGUUUGGUGCCUGUUUACACAUCAAGAAGAUGGAUCAGGCAGGGGAGUUGGGUGGAGAGGAUGUACAGUAGGGUUACAGUAGCAUGCGGGAAUUGUAUAAAUAUUCCCUUAAUCUUUAUAAUUUUAUUCACAGGGAAAUAUGUUCAUUUUUUGUGCCUAAUUUGGAAUUUUUGUAGGCCAAUUGCCCAGGGAAAGGAUAAAAAGAAGAAAGGGAAAAUAUAUGGAGAAAGAAUGAAGAUGGGAUUCAUUUUUUCCUGCUUACUGUGGAGUGGCUGCCAGUGGAAUCAAUGAGUACUUGCAUUUUAUUUUGAAGGCCA